AUGUCUCCACCAAGAGUGCUGACGAUUGCCGGCUCCGACUCGGGCGGAGGAGCCGGAAUCCAGGCGGACCUCAAGACCUUCCUGUCACUUGGCACCUAUGGCCUCUCGGUGCUGACCGCACUCACGGCGCAGAACACCACCGGCGUUUCGGCGAUCCAUGCGUGUCCGCCCGAGUUCGUGUUGCAACAAUUCGACUCGGUCGCAUCUGACAUCCAGAUCGAUGCAGUCAAGAUGGGCAUGCUGUGCAACGAAGGCAUCGUCGGUGCUCUCGCCAAGCGUCUCGGCGAAUGGAAGCAGUCCACAGGCGCACACGGAGGCCACAAUGUUCCGAUCGUACUUGAUCCGGUCAUGGUGUCCACAUCCGGCUCACUCUUACUGUCGGAGGGCGCCAUUGCGACGCUCAUCCGAGACCUGCUGCCGCUAUGCACCCUUCUGACGCCGAACCUGCCCGAGGCACGUCAGCUGCUCAACUACGCCGCCAAGUUCACCUCGCACCAGUCAGGGACGCGCGAGCUGGACCUAGCAAAGGAGAACGAAGAGACAGAGCUUCCUCAGAUGAUGGCGGCAGCAAGGAACAUCGCUCAGCUUGGUCCGCGCGCGGUGCUGGUCAAAGGAGGACAUGCCAAGCUGUCCAGAUCCCAGAUCGACGAGUACUUGAGCUAUCGAGCUGAAACGGCAUCUGCAAACGAAGUAAGGAUUGCGCCGACGUCUAAGCCAUCGACAUCACGAUCUUCUGGCAGUCGCUAUCCGCAGCGUACCAAGUCUCGCCCAGCGGAUGCGCACCAGGGCAGAAUCGACAAUGACGACGAACUACGCCAACUCGCCGGCGUGGACGGCGCCAUCAUCACACGCAAAGGCAAUGUCACCGCCAUCCGGACGGACCAGAACCCAUUCAGCGACGUCUUACACCAGCGCCCUGGUUCACCUGGUGCCGAUGACAAGGUCGUCUGUGACGUGUUGUAUCAGCAAGGCGACGACGGAACAGAUGGCACUUUCGUAUUGUUCGUCAAGCCGUUGCUCGCAUCCAGUGCGACCCAUGGGACGGGAUGCACACUCUCGUCGGCUCUGGCGGCAUCGCUGGCGCAAGGCUACUCGGCUGUACGUGCGACUUCGAUCGCCAUCAAGUACGUCCAGAACGCGAUCGCCUGUGGGAUUCAAGAUCUCGGCAGCGGUCCUGGCCCGCUCGACCACUCGUAUCCCUUCCACCCUCGUGGGCUGAUAGCUUCGCCAUCGGACAUGGGCAAGUCUGAGCUGCCCCUGCACCGAAGCUUGAUCGCGAACUCGCUCGAUGCAUGGACCGGGUUCGUGCAGCACCCCUUUGUGCUCGGAUUGGCGGAUGGCAGCUUGCCACGAGAUGGGUUUGUGUGGUUCAUGAAGCAGGACUACCUCUUCCUGCGCCACUAUGCGCGCAUCUGGGCGCAGGCGGCUGCAUCUCCAGACACCACCUUUGACGAGAUCACGACUCUCGUCGACAUGUCUCGAUCCAUUGCACAGGAGGCCGAGCUGCACAAGCGUCUGUGUCGCGAAAGCCUGGGCGUUUCCGAAGCCGAGCUUGAGUGCGCCACAACGGAAAGCGCAGCCACGCUGGCGUAUACGCGCUUUGUGCUGGAUACAGGCCGAUCGAGCGACGUGCUCGACUUUCUUGUGGCAGUGAGCCCUUGCAUGGUGGGCUACGCACAAGUUGGACGUUGGCUCGCACACCAUCGCUCCGCAACACUCAACAAGGACUAUGCGGAAUGGAUCGAGGCAUACGCUAGCGACGACUUUCAACAGGCGGCCCAAAAAGCCAUGCAGCUGAUUGAAGCCCGAGCCGCACGAGACGAGCUAUCGCCCGGCAGGAUGCGCAAGCUCCAGCGGAUCUGGAACGCUGCCUGUCGCCUCGAGGCAAGCAUGUGGGACGAAGCCAUGGACCCCAGUCUCCGCAGACCGCACCAUCCGGCUUCGGUUGCGGCAUCUGCCUUCCACCGUUCUCUGAGUGACUGCCGAUGGGUGCCCAGUCUCAUCGACAUCGUCAAGACCGUGCUGGAAGCUUUGGCGAGCGUGUCUCGCAAUGCGAUGCGUAGAAUCGAAGGCCACCACGAUUUGCUCCUCUCUGCCGCUGUGAUUCCGGGCAAACCGAACGGUUCGCAAAGUAUUCUCCGACGGGGCAAGCGGGCGGGCGGCAGAAGGGCGCCAAGCCGUCACGACAGCCGCAGCAGCUCGCAAACUGCCAAAUUCCUCCGAUCGAUGCAUCCGCAGCUUCCCAACGUCAUUUUCGGCUCGCUCACCCUCCACCAAGGCUUAGCCAACCAGAUGACUUUAGGGUCCACCGUCCUAGGCCCUUCGCCCAACCCUGAUCGCGUCAGUGCAGCACCGCCCAUUGUUCGCGGCACAGCGAUGAUGAUUCCAUGGGCUGCUAGCCUUCCCCAUCUUUUUUUCAGCCUUGUCGUUCGAGCCGACCUGGCUGGCCUGUUCGGCAUUGCAAUAGAGCUGCCCCCCUUUGGCCACGCUACUCGGGCUGCAGAUACUAUCGGUCUUUCGUCUUGCCGGACUCUUCCUUUCCCACCCCACGCAUCCCCCUUCCCCCUGGAUACCCUUCUCCCUUCGCCGUCCUCCUACAUUCGACUGGCCUUCAUCAUGGCCGACAACGCGGCGCCAUCACGCGCCUCUUCCUCGGAAGCCGGCACGGCCAUCGCAACACCCCACCAGAACCCGGACAAGACCAAGGACGCCACCUCGCAGUCGAGCGAGCCGUCGCAGGACGAUGCACCUGCCGACGUCCAGGCGAUCCGAGAGAAGAACGACCUGGUCAAGACCAACUCGGAAAAGCAGCGCGAGGGUGAGCAUGACCUCGAGCCUCGCGAGGAUGGCAAGAUCGUGCUCUCUGAGCGCGCUGGCUACCUGGCCACGGGCUACUCGUAUCCCACUUGGCGCAAGUGGGCCAUUCUCUGCGUCAUCUUCGCCGUACAGGUCUCGAUGAACUUCAACACCUCGGUCUACCCCAACGCCGUCACUGGUGUCUCGGAGAAGUACGGUGUCAGCGAGCCAGCUGCUCGUGUGGGUCAGAUGAUCUUCCUCGUCGCCUAUGCGUUCGGGUGCGAGUUUUGGGCACCCUGGUCAGAGGAGAUCGGUCGAUGGCCCGUCCUCCAGAUAUCGCUCUUCCUCGUUAACAUCUGGCAGGUGCUCGCUGCCCUGGCGCCCAACUACGGCUCGCUGAUCGUCGCUCGUUUCCUUGGCGGUCUCUUCACCGCCGGAGGCUCGGUGACGCUCGGCAUGGUGGCAGACAUGUGGGAGCCCGAUGAGCAGCAGUUUGCCGUGGCUUUCGUCGUGCUGUCCUCCGUCGGCGGUACCUCGGUCGGCCCUUUCAUUGGAGGCUUCAUCCAGGCUUAUCUCAAGGUGGAGUGGAACUUUUGGGUCCAGCUCAUCUUUGGUGGUGUUGUUCAGAUCGUUCACUUCGUGCUCGUUCCCGAGACCAGGUCGACGAUUCUCCUGGACCGCGAGGCGAAGCGUCGCCGCAAGAAUGGCGAGAACAACAUUUACGGCCCCAACGAGGUCCGCACGGACCGAUUCAGCAUGCGCGAGAUCGGAAAGUACUGGCUGCGACCUUUCGAGAUGUUCGUCCGCGAGCCGAUCGUGCUCUUCCUCUCGCUGCUUUCCGGUUUCUCGGACAUGCUCAUCUUCAUCUUCCUCGAGUCAUUCCAGCUCGUGUACAAGCAGUGGGGCUUCAGCACCGUCCAGGUCGGUCUUGCAUUCAUCCCGAUCAACCUCGGCUACCUGCUUGGCUACUUGAUCUUCAUUCCCCGCUUCAUUUGGGAGCGCAAACGCCGCGUGCGCAAUCCGGACGCGCUCGCUCCCGAAGCACGUCUCUGGCUGCUGCUCUACCUCGUUCCACUCGAGACGCUUGGACUCUUUGGCUUCGCAUGGACUUCGCUCGGCCCUCCUCGCGUCCACUGGAUCGCCCCCAUGAUCUUUUCGACCAUGAUCGCCAUCGCCAACUACUCGAUCUACAUGAGCACGAUCGACUACAUGAUUGCAGCAUACGGCCCUUAUUCGGCGUCGGCGACGGGAGGCAAUGCGCUUGCGCGUGACUUCCUCGCCGGUAUCUCGGCGAUGUACGCAACCCCGCUUUACAACCGCCUCGGACUGGAGUGGGCAAGCACGCUGCUUGCCUUCCUCGCCAUCAUCGUCGCCAUUCCCGUCUACGUCUUCUACGUCAAGGGUCCCCAGAUCCGAGAGCGUUCCAAGUUCGCUCAGUCGCUCGCGGAUGACAGGAAGGCGAACGGCGGAAGGCGCACGGAUCAGGACGAAAAGGCCGAACGAGGCGAGACGUACAAGAACAAGAACAAGUAG